GAUAGAGAUAAGAUAGUGUUUCGAAAUUUUCAUGUAAUAAUAUCUCGUUUCAAUUAUUUCAAUAAAACGAGAUAUUAAUUAUUAUUGAAAGACACGUAUUUUCUGGAACUCAAAACAUUACAUGUACCGGAUAGCUUUUUGUUCAUCACAAAUACCUAAUAACCUUAUUGUAGUAGAAAUUGUGAUUCUAUUUCUGACGGUGGGAUGGCAUUACUGUGAUUUUAACUGCAGUUUGCGGUUACGGCUGCUGUCAGUUUUUUUUGUUGAAAUGGAUUGAGAGCAAAAUUUUAAAUGUAAGAUGAAUAAUACCAUCGAGACAAUUGUGUUUUCUUAAUGAAAACAAAAUUCUAAUGUACAGAAAACUCUGUUCGGCUUUUCAAAGAUUAAAGUUAUCAGAAUAGUAUGAUUCGCCAAUAAAAGUAGUUUGUCGUGGAGUGAAAGAAAUAAAAAAUUUCAAGGUUAUUCAUUAAUCCCAAAUGCUUAAACGUGACAAUGCGUGAUGGUGUGGAAGGGGUACUGAUAUCUAUACAAGGAUAUGUCUCGUACCGUCACCCACGUCUCAUUUGUCAACAUUUAAUAUUUUUUUACGAAACACUGUGUGGUUUAAUCUGAUUCUGUGAUUAGUGGGAAUUUAUUCGCUGCUGUUAAGCAGUUAGCGGAUAGUGAAAUUCAACUCUUAAAAGUUAUAGAAAAUUCAAAAAAAGUGGACAAUAAGAAUAUUACAAAUACAAUGUCAGCAAAAAAGGGUGCCAAAAAAUCUGGAAAAGCAUCUAAUGUUCGUCCAUCUGAAGCUUUGAUAGCAGCUAAAAAACAGGCAGCGCAAAGACAAAUGUUGCAGGGAAAGAAAUUUAAUAAUAUUUUUGUACGCGAUAUAUAUCAGAAAGCUAUAGAUGCUUAUAAUGCAAAAAGAAAGAAAACUGGUCUGGUAUUUGAUCGAUCUAUGGUAGAACAUAAGUGUCUUUGGGAUCCAAAGUAUCCAGAAUGUCCUGCUAGAUUGACAAGUGUUUUACAAAGAUGUGAAGAAUUAGGUUUAAUAAAUAGAUGCCAAUUCAUUGCAUCAAGACAAGCUACAGAAAAUGAAAUACUCGCAAAACAUAGUCAAAAAACACUUGAUAUUUUGAAGGCCACUGAUGGAUGUAUAGAUGUACAUAACUUAGAGUUAUUAUCAUCCAAAUAUGAUGCAAUUUAUGUACACCCUUCCACCUACAAAUUAUCACUGUUAGCUGCAGGUUCAACGAUAAAUCUAGUGGAAAGCAUUUGCAAAGGAGAAGUUCAAAAUGGGAUGGCUAUCAUUAGACCACCUGGUCAUCAUGCAAUGAAAUCAGAAUAUUGCGGAUACUGUUUCUUUAAUAAUGUUGCCAUUGCUGCUGAAAAAGCCUUGAGUAAUAAUUGGGCUAGUAAAAUUUUAAUUGUUGAUUGGGAUGUACAUCAUGGCCAAGCAACCCAACAAAUGUUUUAUAAUGAUCCACGAGUUAUUUACUUCUCCAUUCAUCGUUACGAGAAUGGUAUAUUCUGGCCGAAUCUUAGAGAGUCUGAUUUUCACUUUGUCGGAAAUGACUUAGGCCAAGGAUACAAUUUUAAUGUACCGCUCAAUAAAGUUGGUAUGACUAAUGCAGAUUAUUUGGCCAUAUUCCAGCAAAUUUUAUUACCAAUGGCUUAUGAGUUUCAACCAGAUCUCAUAAUAGUGUCAGCUGGUUACGAUGCAGCCUUGGGCUGUCCAGAGGGUGAGAUGUUGGUGACUCCUGCAUUUUAUGCUCAUUUAGUGUCAUCGCUAAUGAGUUUGGCUUCUGGAAAAGUUGCUGUUAUAAUGGAGGGUGGUUAUUAUUUAAAGUCACUAGCUGAAAGUGCAGCAUUGACUUUACGUGCUUUAUUGAGUGAUCCAUGUCCCAUUUUAGAAGACCUUGAAUUGCCUUCAUUAAGUAUACGAGAUUCAAUACUAAAUACAAUUUAUGCACAUAAACCAUAUUGGAAAUGUUAUCAAUAUCAAGAUACUUUCAGUAUUAAUAAUACAACAAGUAAUAAGGAACAAAGUAUUAAUCAGCAUUUACCUCUAGUUGAAUUCAAAGGGACUGAAGAUAAACCGGAUAUAUAUGAAACUUCUAAUUGUUACCCGGUUCAUAGUAAAGAAGUUCUUGAGAUGCUCGAUUCAAAAUUAAAUGCACUUAUACAAUUUACUAGUUUAUCUAAAGCACCAAACAGAGUAUGUAUUGUUUAUGAUGAAAGAAUGUUAAAGCAUUGUGAUAUAAGCGAUGAUACCCACCCAGAAAAGCCAAAUCGUAUUAUUAGUAUUUACAAGAAGUUUCAAGAAUACAAUAUUCUUGAUCGAUGCUAUGUACAACAGGGACGAAGUGCAACGAUGGAAGAAUUAUUAUUGGCUCAUUCGAAAGAUUAUAUAGAUAGAAUAAAGAGCACUGCAAACACAAAAGCCAAAGAACUAAAAAAAUUAGCGUCGUCUUUUAAUUCAAUCUAUUUACAUUCGGAAACUUGGACAAGUGCCCGUGUAUCUACUGGAUCGUUAUUACAAGUAGUGAAUAGUGUAUUAAAUGGAGAAAGUCAGUGUGGUGUUGCUAUUAUAAGACCGCCGGGACAUCACGCAGAGGAGGACAUGCCAUGUGGUUUCUGUAUUUUCAAUAAUAUUGCUAUAGCAGCUAAAUAUGCCAUAGAAUGUCACCAUUUAACAAAAGUGCUAAUAGUGGAUUGGGAUGUACACCACGGUAACGGGACUCAGUCUAUUUUUGAAGAAGAUUCAAGAGUUCUUUAUAUAUCUGUUCAUAGAUAUGACAAUGGAGGUUUCUUCCCAAAUUCUAAGAAUGCUAAUUAUACCAAUGUUGGUUCUGGAGCAGGGGAAGGUUUCAAUGUCAAUGUACCAUGGAAUAAAAAGGGCAUGGGCGAUGCUGAAUAUAUAGCAGCGUUUCAACAAGUGGUAAUGCCAAUUGCUUAUCAGUUUAAUCCAGAACUGAUUUUAGUUUCUGCGGGUUUUGAUGCUUGUAUUGGUGAUCCUCUUGGAGGGUGUCUUGUAAGUCCAGAGAUGUAUGGUCAUUUAACACAUUGGUUAUCAACAUUAGCUAAUGGCCGUGUAAUUCUUAGUCUCGAAGGAGGAUACAAUAUUAAUUCAAUUUCACAUGCAAUGGCACUUUGUACUAAAACGUUACUCGGAGACCCUUUGCCGAUGUUAGAAAGUGGUCUAAUCCCAUGUUCUAGCGCCAUUAAUUCCAUAAAUAACGUUUUAAAAACGCAGAAACAGUAUUGGCCAAAUUUAAUUUUCAAUGUUUCUCUACCAAAAGAAAACAUACUACCCAAAGCUAAAUUGAAGCAUACCAAAUUAAAUGAACAAAUGAAAACUGCAGACGAGCUUUUCAAGCAAUCUGAAUCUAAGAUAGCGCUGGAAGAAAUUGAAAGUGAAAAAUUAGAACUGAAACUUUCAAUUGAUAAAAAUUCUGUGACAGACGAAGAAAUUCUAAAAUUACAAAACGAGGUUGAGAAUAUUAAAAUAAAGAAUUCCUCUCAUGAAAAUAUUUUGAAAACUACUGAGAAAACGUAUAGUAAAACAAUGAAAGUGCCAGCUGUUGAUAUUUGUGAAGAUAAAGUUUCUGAAUGUAAAAGGCAAUGUGUAAAUCAACCCGGGAAAGAAGCAAUUUCUGAUAAAAAUUUUGAUAACUCUGAACCAGGUAGCAGUGGCGAACAUACAGAAGGAGCUGUUGCUCAAACUGGUAGCGCUAGAAAUUUGUAUGACUACUUAUCCGAGAAUUUGCAAGCAUUGGUAGCUGGUGAUAUGUUCGCAGUGAUACCUUUAAGAGAGUGCCCACAUCUAGAUAGUGUCAGGGAUGUUCCAGCUUCAGGAAUCGAUGUACAUUUGCCCUGUGCAGAAUGUAACACCAAUAUUGAAAAUUGGAUUUGUUUACAAUGUUAUACCGUACAUUGUGCACGUAAUAUUAAUCAACAUGGUCUCUUACAUGCUGAGGAAUUAAAACACCCAUUGGCAUUGAGUUUUAGCGACUUGUCGGUGUGGUGUUACAGAUGUGAGGCAUACAUCGAUAAUCCACGAUUAUUUGCAGCGCGCAACGCUGCUCAUCGAAGUAAAUUUAAUGAAGAGUUGCCGUGGACAUAUAAUGAAAACUGAAGUGCAAAUACGCGUUGGUGAAUUGGUCACCAAUACUAUAUAUGAAUUUUUUAACAUUUGUAAAUGAUUUACAAAAUAGAAAUGUUGUUAGCUUCUCUAUUUGUUAUUUACUGUAUGUUUGGGAAAAUUAGCAUCUCGAGAAGUUCUAAAUUUGGUGUAACUUGUGUUCAAAAAUUUUUUGAAGAAGAACAGCAAUAAUAUUAGUUAAUAAAAUCGUUAAUUUAAGAAUAAUUUUACAAAUAUUUCUCAUCUUUUUGAGUAAAUAACAAAUAGUAAAUAUAUAAACUUUUUUAUUUCCAGAUAAUCAAAUUAUUUGUAAUUUAAUUUUAUAUUUACAUAAGAUUUCUAUUUCUUAAUAACGUAUUUUACCGAACUAAAAAUAGAAAGUCGCAAUAACUUUGUAUUCUAUUUUUCUAUAUAGAAUUAUGAUUAAAUCAAUAGUAAAGAUGAAAAUAACUAUAAUAGAAAUCAAAUUGUAGAUUCAAAAUUAGAAAAUCUAUGAAUGAUUUCAAUCCGACAAAAUUAUGUAUAAUCAAUUAUUUUUAACAAUCUUUGUAGAUAGAUUAGGUCUUUCUAUUAGAAUAGAAUUAUUUCGUCUAUUUAUUAUAGACCUCCAAUUUGGUGAUCUCAAACGAUUUAUAAUUUAUAAGGAUAUUUUUUUUAAAUUCACAAUAUUCUAGUUUCUUUCUUUAAUUCUUUAUUCUGUUGCUGUAACAAAUGUACCAACCCCAAGAGAUAACUUGAUAGCAAAUACAUGAAAAUUAAUUUUAUUUUGUACAAAUAAAUAAUCAAAUUAAAAAUGUUUACUUUUCUGUUUCUCGUGCAUUACAUAUUCUAUUCGUAUCAAGAAUAAUUGAAAUUGUUGAAACGCAUUCAAUACGUCAUCCAUGAUUUCAAUGAAUAAUCGCACUGAAACGGUGUUUACAUUUGUUAAAUGCAUAAUGUCAUUAGAAAUGGAUGAGAAUGGUAAUUUCUCGACCGUAACAUGCGGAUGAAAUCUAUUUACAAUAUGGUAAUUAAAUAGAUUUGUGUUAUUUUGAAUAGAAAUAAAUUCUUCCAUGUCAGUGGCAGGAAGAGCAUAAUACAAUCUAUAUGGUACCCUUUUGAUAACAUAUUUCUGUUCACAUUCAUGAAGUUUUAAGGCAAUAAUAUUACACACAUUACUAAUAGAUUUUGAACCCUGUUCGUAAAGAUGAAAAUCUUUAACUAGUUUAUACUUAUGAUUUCCACUACUCAAAUAAGUUUUCUUAGUAUUUCUUAAUUGUAAAAGUGCAGUUGGUAAGGAGUAAGUAUGUGAUGUAAAUAAAUGUAUAUGAGUUAAUUCUGGUUUUGCUUUUAAUUCGGUAGCUAGGUGAGAUGUUAGAGGCA